CCGCCAAUGAUGCGCCCGCGCGACGACGCACCGCUUUCAGUCCAAAGAACGCGUCGUGAUUUUGAGGCUUGAAGCAAACAGGAUCCCGAGGACAAUCGACUACAAGCAGCAACCGCCGCUGGACAGCCCUGCAAGUGGCAAACAUUUGAGAUAUCCGCGCCCGGAUUUACGAUUCUAUUUUAGCACCACACACGCGGGGAUUCAUCCACGUAGCCUAAAGAAUAGGGAGCAAAUCUCAUAUCCGAACCACGAAUAGAGGCAGAGACGACACCCCUCCAUAUCGAUUGAGCGAGGGUCUUGGCCGGCGGAAGGAACUGGGUAUCGACCAGCGUCAACACCUCAGCUACUGCAUGUCGAAGCGGUAAUCUUUAGUCGAGCUCGAGCAAAAAGAUGGCCGACACGCUGCACAAUGUGCCUAUUGUGCUGGACAACGGGUCCGGCACCAUACGGGCCGGUUUCGCAGGAGAAGACGUGCCAAAAUGCCACUUCCCGUCAUGGGUAGGCAGACCGAAGCAUCUGCGGGUGCUGGCCGGCGCGUUGGAGGGCGAGGUAUUCAUCGGCCAAAAGGCGGCAACCGAGCUGCGCGGGCUGCUCAAGAUUCGGUAUCCGCUGGAGCACGGCAUUGUCACGGACUGGGACGACAUGGAGAAGAUCUGGGCAUAUGUGUACGAUGAAGGACUCAAGACCCUCAGUGAAGAGCACCCCGUCCUUCUCACCGAACCACCCCUCAACCCGCGCUCCAACCGCGACACUGCCGCCCAGAUCCUGUUCGAGACCUUCAACGUACCGGCCCUCUACACCUCCAUCCAAGCCGUCCUCUCAUUGUAUGCCAGCGGCCGGACAACCGGCGUGGUGUUGGACGCAGGCGACGGCGUGUCGCAUGCCGUACCCGUAUUCCAAGGGUUUACCGUGCCUAAUAGCAUCCGGAGGAUUGACGUGGCGGGGCGGGAUGUGACCGAGUAUCUGCAAACCUUGCUCCGCAAGAGCGGCUACGUUUUCCACACGAGCGCCGAGAAGGAGGUGGUGCGGCUGAUAAAGGAGGCGACCACUUACGUGGCCAGGGACCCCCGCAAGGAAGAGAAGGAGUGGGCGGCGGGCAAACUAGACCAGGGGAAGGUCGCGGAGUACGUGUUGCCAGACGGGAACAAGCUCAAGAUCGGCGCAGAACGCUUCCGCGCGCCAGAAAUCCUCUUCAACCCCGAGAUCAUCGGCCUCGAGUACCCCGGCGUGCACCAGAUCGUCGUCGACUCGAUCAACCGGACGGAUCUCGACCUGCGGAAGGACCUGUACGCCAACAUUGUGCUGUCCGGCGGUAGCACCCUCACCAAGGGCUUCGGCGACCGCCUGCUAUCCGAGGUGCAGCGGGUCGCCGUCAAGGACAUGAGGAUAAAGAUCUUUGCGCCGCCGGAGCGCAAGUACUCGACCUGGAUCGGCGGCAGCAUUCUCGCUGGGCUGAGCACGUUCAGAAAGAUGUGGGUCCGCAUUGAGGACUGGCACGAGAACCCCGAUAUCAUCCACACCAAAUUCACAUAAGAUACUCCACGAUAGGAGAAUCGAGAUGUAAUAAUAGGGCCGCCGGCUAGACAUGACUUCAGAUGAAGACGAGAAGACCUGCUGAGGAUGUCUCCGCCGAUAAUGUGCGAAUCACAAAUGGGGAUAUAUAGCGCGUGAGGGGCGCAAGUGUGGAACGAGGCGUACCCGCGGUGACAAUAAUGUGCGAAGUUAUGGUGGAUGAAGUUUGGGGGGUGAUCGUAUGGUGGUCGAGGCAACCGGGGCGUCGAGGGGGAGGCUAUAUUGAGAGCAGCCUACCGUGAGCGUUUUAGAGAAAACGAAUGAUACCCAGUUUUGAUUGAA